AGAGUUCUCUGUGUUUCUCAUCACUCUCCUCGGGUGUAGGUAUUUGGUCGUUUGGAGCCGGACUCGGAAAGGUCGUAUAGGCACCAUGACGUUCACUGUCCACUUCAGGGGCGCGGAAGUUUUAUUCACUGCCAAAAUAUCGAUACAGUGAUGUUCACGACACAAGGGGCUGAACUGGUUUCGGGUUCCAGAGAGACCGAAAUCGCCUUUGUCAAUGGGACAACUGAGUUUUCCCCCACUGUUCUAAUAACCACAGUGGAGCCCAAAAGUAAUGAGUCGUGUGGGGAGCAGCAGACUCUGGACCUGGACUUGACUAAGACUGUGGUCAUUGGGAUGAUGCUGAGCACCAUCACUGCGGUCACUGUGAUGGGAAACACCCUGGUCGUUAUUGCGGUGUGCGUCGUGAAGAAACUCAGACAACCGUCCAACUAUCUGCUAGUAUCUCUGGCUAUAGCUGAUCUUUCUGUGGCUGUAGCCGUGAUGCCCUUUGUCAUAGUGACUGACCUGACAGGGGGCGUCUGGCUCUUUGGGGAGGUUUUCUGCAAUGUCUUUAUUGGGAUGGAUGUCAUGUGCUGCACGGCUUCAAUAAUGACUUUGUGUGUGAUCAGUGUGGACAGAUACCUCGGAAUCACUCGCCCUUUGACCUACCCAGCGAGACAGAAUGGACUGCUUAUGGCCAAGAUGAUAGUCGGCGUUUGGUUGGUGUCUGCAUCCAUCACUCUGCCACCAUUCUGCGGUUGGGCUCAGAACGUCAACACUGCGGGAGUGUGUCUGAUCAGCCAGGAUGUGGGCUACACCCUCUACUCCACAGCUGUGGCCUUCUACAUUCCAAUGGUGGUCAUGCUUUUCAUGUAUUACAAGAUUUUCAAAGCUGCCCGCAAAAGUGGGGCCAAACACCACUUCGCCGCACUUCCCCAAAUUCAGAUGGCCUGUCCUGAACCAGCGUUGGCCACCGUAGAGGGGCUCUGCAUGCAAGGGAUGAAGAACCCUGCAGCUACCGAGGAGUUUUCCACCCUCUCCUGCCUGUUGAACCGCGAACGUCGGAGCGCCUCGAUUUUCAGGCGGGAGCAGAAGGCGGCCACCACUCUUGGGGUGAUCGUGGGAAUUUUUUCGUUCUGCUGGUUGCCGUUUUUCCUCUUCACCACAGCGCGGCCGUUCAUCUGCGGGCUGCUCUGCAGUUGCGCCCCUGUCUGGCUGGAGCGGGUACUGCUUUGGUUGGGCUACACCAACUCGCUCAUGAACCCUUUCAUCUAUGCCUUCUUCAACCGAGACCUGCGUUCAACUUAUAAAGACCUGUUACGCUGCCGUUAUCGAAACAUCAACCGCCGACUCUCGGCUAUGGGAGUGCAUGAGGCUCUAAAACUCUGACUGCUCUCAAUCUGUUUAUAUAAUGGGAUGGUGCAAAAUAUCCUCUUGACUCUUCUAAAAGUCAAGAAACACAGUUUGGAAGGAGUUCAUUGGGAAUUACAAUAAGUCGGAUUCAUCAAAACAUCCCAAGACAGUGAAGUUUCCUACGUAGCAUCACUGGAAAAACAUACCUCUUUUUUAAAAACAAACAAACAUUAAAACAUACCUAUACACACAACUCACUGCAGUUUUUAGCUGAAAUGAACGCUAGUAGCUUGGUGGCCCACCUGGUACAUCAUUACACUUGCGAUGUGCUUGGGUUGAGUCCCAUGAAACACGAGUAAUGGCAAAUGUUCAGAAAAUGUGUUUUUGAUAACACUUUAGAAUACUGUUCUAACUACUCAGGAACAAAUGAGUAACGCAAUAUUAACAUUCUAGUAACUACUAUUAACUAACAAGAAACUCUGAUUAACGAAUUAGUAAAUAAUAGCGCUCAGUUGAAUGAGU